UGUUGGAUGUUGUUAUUCGUCUUUAAGGCGACGCUGCCGAGUGUGACGUGUAAUCUAAUGGACGGGCCGCUUCUUUAUUAACAACCGCUUGUUUAGCUAUCUCGGUAGCUUGCUAGUCAACAUAGCCGAAACAUUGGAGCUCUUUAGACGCGUUCAGUGUAUAUUUUUCUGUGUUUUAAAACAUACUUCUUUCGUAUAGCUAGUUGCCCCAUUUAAUUUCAUAUUUACGUUGUAAAUCGGGUAGCUAGCUGGCUGGAUAAAUUAGAUUAGCUCCAGGCUAGUCGUUAAUGCUAACCCGCUAGCUAGCUAACAUCCCAGACCAUGAGUUCACUGAGCUACUCUCCUGUUAAAGAAGAGGAGGUCUGCUGGACGGAGAAAGAGGCUCUGGGGAUGAACAUUGUCAUGAAAGAAGAGGAGGAUGUUUCAGUAAAAGGAGAGGAAGAAGCUUUCAGAAUGAAAGAGGAGGAAGAGGAGGCGAUCAGUGUCACAUUGAAAGAAGAGGAUGAUGUUACAGUGAAAGAAGAGAGAGAACAUUUUAGAGUGAAAGAUGAAGAGGGGAUAGAGACUGUCACAGUGGAAGAAGAGAAAGAACCCUUUGUAGUGGCAGAGGGGGCUAUCUUAAGAAAAGAGGAGGAAGACGUUUUGGGAGAUGAAGAGGAAGGAGAGAAGACUGAAGAUUUGAUUAACACCAGAGAGAGACCAGACUCCCACUCUGACAGCAGGAAGAGUCCUUCAGGGGAACCAGACCCAGAGACGCCCAAACCAGCGAGACGACACCACUGCUCCCACUGUGGAAAGAGUUUUAGUUGGUCAGGGUACCUAAAACAGCACGAGAGAAAACACACAGGAGAAAAGCCUUUCCAAUGUUCCCAGUGUGGAAAGAGAUUUACCUGGUUAGGGAGCCUAAGGGAGCAUAAGAGAAUACACUCUGGAGAGAAACCGUUCCACUGUUCCCAGUGUGGAUUGACUUUCGCCUGGUUAGGUAGCCUGAAAACCCAUGAGAGUUCACACACAGGGGAAAAACCUUUCCAAUGUUCCCAGUGUGGAAAGCGUUUUACCCAGUUAGGGAGGCUGAAGGAGCAUGAGAAGAUACACACAGGUGAAAAACCUUUCCAAUGCUCCCUGUGCGGAAAGAGUUUUACCAAGUUAGGGGCCCUGAAGGAGCAUGAGAAGAUACACACAGGAGGAAAGCCUUUCCAAUGCUCCCUGUGCGGAAAGAAUUUUACCCGCUUAGGGAACCUAAAAGAGCAUGAGACAAAACACACACAAGAAAAGCCCUACCAAUGCUCCCUGUGCGGAAAGAGUUUUACCAAGUUAGGGGCCCUGAAUAGGCAUGACAGGACACACACAGGAGGGGAUAAGACGUACUACUGCUCCCUGUGUGGAAAGACAUUUAACCGAUUAAGACAUCUGAAUAAGCAUGAAAUAAUACAUACACAGGAGGAGAAGACAUACCACUGCUCUCAUUGUGGAAAGACAUUUUCCCAGUCAGAGGACCUGAAAUCACAUGAGAGAAUAGAGAGGCUGUGUUCUGACUUGUGUUUUUGACUGAGAAUUUGUGUUUUUGUUCAUGCCAAAUGAAAUCAUAUUGUUUUAUAUGAAAUCAUUAAAAAUAUCCCAACUUUAAAAAAAAAAAUGUUUAUCUGGAGACCUGAUCUAAAAUCAGAUUAAACACAAUUUGUAUUUUGUUUUGAUUAUGAACUUUAAUGGAUACAACUAUAAACCCUCUGUUGUUCAUUAUAAUUUGGGGAUAUUAUUAUAUAGAUUAAUGGAGUUUUGGAUUUCUUGAUUCUAACCUAAAACCUCUUGGAUGUGAUGUGAUCUGGCUUUUCGCUAAAUCAAUUUGAUUGAAUACACGAUUUAGAUAUUGCACCAUGUACAUUAUGGAAUAGAUUAAUAGAAUGAGCAUUUCUUGAUUUUGAACUUUGAAACCUCUUGAAUUUAGUCGUUUUGUUUCAUUGAGUUAAUUUGUUUACUAGUCGUCAAGAUAAAGGACGAUGAAAAUGUGAU